AUGACACUACAACCAGAUCUCCCGGCCCCGGCCCUCCCUACCCCGGAAACAUUCCCAUUCCCCUACCCGACACCUUACGGUAUCCAGGUCGAUUUCAUGAGGACCGUCUUUAGGGCUAUUGAAGAUGGCAAGAUCGCUAUAGUCGAAUCGCCCACAGGGACAGGCAAAUCGCUUUCGCUCCUGUCCAGUACCCUCACCUGGCUCACCCAGCACACUCACCGCUUGGAUACACAUACUGAAACGUCCCUCCGCGCCCGCCUGCAAGCUGAAGAUCCCGACGACCCGGCGUGGGUCAUUGAGCAUACGGUCAAAUCGCGCAUGGCCGAGCUACGCAGAGAGAGGGAGCUUCGGGAGGAAAGGUUGGGGAAAGUAAGGGAGAGGGAGAGGAAGAUGAGGGUAAAAGAAGGAAUGGGGGCGUUUAGAGGUGGAGGGAAGAGGGUGAGGGUGGGGUAUGAUGGGCAAGUGGGAAGCGAGACCAAGGAGCUGGGAGAGGAUGAUUUUUUGCCUGAAGAGCGGGAUGAGCCGGAAGAUGAUGGGAUGUACCUCUCGAAAGAAGUACGGGAGCUUAUGAGCAAAUUCGAGCCUGUUAAGAGCAAACAAGUCGUAGAUGAAGAGGAAGAAGAAGACGUCCCCAAGAUCUACUACACCUCUCGAACCCAUACCCAGCUGCGUCAACUCACAUCCGAGCUCCUUAAGACCACCUACGGCACCGCCGUUUCCUCCCCCGACGAGGGCAAUUCUAGCGACUCUAUCAAUAUCAGCCUUGUUCCUUUGGGCAGUCGUAAACAGCUGUGUAUCAACGACAAGGUUCGGGCUAUGGCGAAGAGCGGUGGGGAUGAGAGGUUGAAUGAGGCUUGUUUGGAUAUGCAAAAGUCUGGGAAGGCGAGAUGUGAGUACCUGCCGGCCAAGGCGGAUGAAGUGAAGCUCCUCGAUGCACGAGACUCCAUCUUGGCGACAGUCAAAGAUAUCGAAGAUAUCGUAAUUGCUGGCAAGAAAGCCUGUGUCUGUCCUUACUAUGCUACACGGCGCGCUGUAAGGUCCAGUCAGAUUGUAACGCUCCCGUACAAUCUGCUACUACAGAAGAACGCUCGAGAAGCCCUCGGGAUCAACUUGAAAGACCAAGUCAUCGUCAUUGACGAGGCCCACAAUCUCAUAGACACCCUGUUGAGUAUCUACUCCACAUCCCUCACCUCAUCUCAUUUGACUACCGCCAUCUCUCAACUCGAGCAAUACCUCGCCCGCUUCAAAUCCCGACUCAAAUCCGUCCACGCUCUCUGGAUCCAACAAGUCUUGACAGUCCUCCAAGGUCUCGUCAAAGUAUGCGACAGAUUCAUCGCCGACGCAAAGGGUACAGCAAAGGUCGAGGGUGGGAAACCGGCUUUUGGGAAACCAAAGACGGAGGUAUUGGGGGCGAACGAGUUGAUGGAUAGGGUCGGGGGUGGAAGUGAUCAGGUGAAUCCUUUGGAGCUCGUCAAGUAUCUGAAAGAGAGCAAGCUUGCGAGGAAGAUCAGUGGGUUCUCGGAGCAUGUUGCAGAGAAGGCUGCUUUGAAAGAAUCGAAAACGUCUCGAAACGCUGCAGCUCGCCACGCCUCCAUAUCCUCCUUCCACACCGUCGAAUCAUUCCUCCUCUCCCUCUCUGACGCCAAAGACGAUGGACGAGUCAUCCUUUCCCUCGAAGACGCCACCAAACCAGCGCCGGUGGUGACCAUCAAGUAUGUCUUGUUGAACCCAUCAGAGCGGUUCCGGGAAGUAGUGGAGGAGGCUAGGAGUGUCGUUCUGGCUGGAGGUACUAUGGAACCUGUGUCAGAUUUCAUGAACCAGCUCUUUCCUACCAUCCCCAGGGAUAGGUUCUCGACACUUUCCUGCGCGCACGUUAUCCCAAAACAGAAUCUCUUGACUCAGGUCGUCUGUUCUGGCCCCAAGAAGACAGAAUUUGAAUUCAAAUUUGGCAACCGGAACGAUGACAAUCUGUUUGCGGACUUGGGAGCGUCGAUCUUAUCGGUGGUUAAUAUGGUCCCCGACGGAGUUGUCGUCUUUGUCCCUUCUUAUGCGUUUUUGGACAAGGUCAAGACGUUAUGGACGAAGACUGGAUUGUUGGAAAAGCUGGAGGUGAAGAAGCAGCUAUUCUAUGAGCCGCAGACGUCUGGCGAUGUCGAGACUAUCCUACGUGACUACUCGCUUGCUAUAUCUUCAUCACGCAGAACCGGCGCGCUACUCUUUGCCGUCGUAGGCGGCAAACUCUCCGAAGGUAUCAACUUUUCCGACGGUCUUGGGCGGUGUGUCAUCAUGGUCGGAUUGCCGUUUGCCAAUGUCGGGAGUGUGGAGCUGCAGGAGAGGAUGAAGUAUGUGGAAAACAUACCAGGGGCGGCCAGGGGCGGCGGCGGGGGGAGAGAGUUGUAUGAGAAUUUGUGUAUGAGAGCCGUCAACCAAUCGAUCGGUCGAGCUAUCAGACAUGCCAACGACUAUGCCACUAUUCUCCUCUUCGACAAACGCUACGCCACCCCACGCAUCCGGAACAAGUUACCGAAAUGGAUAGGAGAGGAUGUCAAAGUAGAGCAGACUUUUGGAGGGGUUAUGAAGGGUGUUGCAGCCUUCUUCCGGGACAAGAGAGAGAGGGGGCUGGCCUGA